UCUACAUAUUUUAUGUGUCUAUGGUAAUUUCGUUUGACAAUAUUGUCGCGUAGUUUGCUAAAAAGAAUUAAAUAUCUGAAUUGGUGCACAACACAGAAUUUUGAAAUGAGGAAAUUAGAUUCAGAAAUAUGGGGAGCCGAAAGAUUAGAAGCUCAAUUGGAAGCUGCUCGCGAUGGACUUCGCGGUCUAGAUCGCAGUAUCCGUAAAAUUCUAGGCCGGGAUCUUCCUGACGGCGAAAGUGGUUCACUGCAACCACCUAGAAUAUCUCAAAAACGACCGUUACAAGAAGAUCGUCGACGAGUUGUAACAGAUUUUGUGAAUAAUGAACUAUCUGGAAGCAAACGACGAUGGCAAAGUUCCAACGUGGAGCCAAAAACGGUUUUUAGUAGAUUAAGCGCACGUGUUCCAUCUAAUGCUGAUGAUAGUGCUGAUGAAGAUGAUAGCAUUAUUAAGCCUGCUGUAUCGUCCAGAGUAAUAGCUACUCCGCGAGAAAUUCCUUCACGUCAGGAGGUUAUCAGACGAGAAAGAACCGAUGAACGCAGUCGACAAAGAAAUAAACGUAUGUUUGGUGCACUUUUGGGUACUUUACAAAAGUUUAGACAAGAAGAGACUAAACUUAAGGCAAAGGAAGAUAAAAAAGCAGAAGUAGAGGCCAGAGUAGAAGAAGCUAGGAAACGAGAAAAAGAAGAGCUACGAAGAGAAAGACAACAAUUAUUUUUGUCACGGAAAAGGCAAUUAGCUGAAGUACGGGCAUUGGAAGCAAAACUUGCCCGUAGUCGACAGUUUCAAGAUUGGCGCAAUGCUCAGCUACCCCUUGCUUCAUUUAUAAAAACACGUGCACAACCUUCCAUUUAUUAUGUACCAAAGCGCAAACAUCCACAAACUGAUAUGUUAUUAGUGCAAUCCACAAAAGAACUUUAUGAGGAAAUUGAGAGAAGAGAAAAAGCAUUAAUAGAAGAACUAAACUUAAUAGAGAUGCAGAUAGGAUUAGGCAAAAACUCACAAAAUUUUGAAGCAUCUACAUCUUUACAUAUAGUAGAAGCUUCGCGCUCGAUAGAAGAGGGUGAAGAAAAUCGAGAUCCUAAUCCAGAACAUAUUGAAGCUGCAAUCAUUGAUAAUGCUGAUGUUUCAAUGCAAUCCAUAAAUGAAAACUUUAAUGAUAAUGAUAUGGAGAAAAAGGAAGAGGUACAGUUAAACAAAGUUCAACCAGAUGAAAAUAAUGGCUAGUAUAAAAUUUGCUAUGAUAAAAAAAAAGUUCUACAUACUAUUGGAUGGUUCAAUAAUAAAAUGAGGAUUUUCAUAAUAAAUAUGUUAUCAUCUUCAUAUCUUUAAGUAUUAUUUUAUGCUUGAAUAAUUAAAAAUAGUAUUUAAAAGAUAAAAAA